UGCUUGUUUGCUUUCCCUCGCACGAACGCAAACGCAAUCGCAAGUGAUUUUUGCUUUCUUGCUUGUUGGUUUCGCCGGUCAAUCAAUCUUUCUAAGCGACAAGGAAUCAGGAGGGAGGGAGCCUGCCAAAGGGGUUUCCUCUGGGUUUCUAGUUCGAGCGAAGCAAUCGAGAUUAAUAGCAAUGGCUGGGAAAGAAGUUCGCGAAUACACCAAUCUCUCUGACCCAAAAGACAAGAAGUGGGGUAAAGGGAAGGAUAAGAUAGACGAUGAAGAUAUUACGUUUCAACGAAUGGUUGCGAAGAUGCAAGAGGUUGCAGGAGAACGUGGAGGUUACCUUCAUGGACGAGGCGCCCUGGACAGUGAUGAUUUGCUCUAUCUUAAGGAGCAGAUGGAAGCAGAAGAGGAUGCAGAGCGCCUCCUUAGACGCACUGAGAAACGAGCCUUUGCAGCAUUCAAGAAAGCUGCUAGUUUGGCUGAUUCUGCACCUGCAUCCGUUCCCUUGGCGCUUCGUGUUGAGCCAAAGCCAAAAAGUGGAAUCAGACAGCAAGAUCUAUUGAAAAGAGUAGUGGAAGUUAAACCCAAAAGGCCCAGAGUUUCAAAUCAAGCAGAUUUAUCAAAUCCCAAGCAUGACAUUGACGAUGAAAAGGUGAAAGAGAGUCCCUCAGUGAAAACAAACAAAACUGAAGGCGAGACGGAAGCUGAAAAUCCUGUGAAGAGUUUACUAGGUUUGGCAUAUGCUAGUUCUGAUGAUGAGGACGAAUGAAAGAAUGUUUGUAGGUUUCCAUGUAAGAUAGUUCAGAGUGUAAUAUUAAUAUGUAACUUAGAAGUUUUGACAGGAUCCUCACUUUGUUUUAAAUUUUGAAGACUGUAAUUAACUGUCGAGUCCAGCUGGUUGGGUUAAUGAAAUUAGUUGUGCUCCAUUUGAUA